AUGGCAAUCCUAAGUGUCGGGAAAGCCACUGCUUUGAAUUUAGCGAUAAUGUUCUUUUGUAUUGGCUCUAUUAAAUGCGAUAAUUUUAAAACCAGAUUAUCCAACGCCGACAAUGCAGACCGUUGGAAGGCAAAUGAAGUUCCGUCCUCUGGGUGGACGCCUGAAUUCUAUGAAGGACCUGAUGCAUACAAGAAAGAUUUUAUAACAUCUAAUUAUGAUGAGAAAUACUCGAGCAACAGUCCAUUUUAUCCGAGUAAAACACGUAACGGCUUCUCUCCAUUCAGCGGUGGAAGCCUUUACUCGUCUGGUGGAUUAUACGAUCGAAGACCAACCUAUGGUCCAGCACGCCCAAUCGAUUAUGGUGUACAUGAUUAUGAAAGUUCAUAUGAUUACGGACAUGGAUAUGGGUUGAACCAUCCAUAUGGAUCCAAGGACAUAACAAAAUCAGUGUGGAUUCCUUUGGCUGGUGCGGCUUUGUUGGGGAUUGCUGCUGCACUGGUUGCUAAUCCUGUGCUGUUACAUUUAGGAGUAAGUGCUGGAAAACGGAAACGUCGAGAAGCUACAAUGAAUGCACAUCUUCUAGCAUAUCGGGCUCAAACGUGGAAAAGUGGCAGUAAUUUAAAUAAAAACUAA